AUGGCUGUGGAGCACACGACAUCCAAUGUUUUGGAUUGUUCUGGCAAUACUAGUUCUAUUCGUCAGUCUGAGCUCUCCCAAUCCACAACAAUCUUCCUGCGGUUGGCGUACCUGGCCUUCCUACAUCCUCUUUCUAAGUACCCAGGCCCCAAGCUAUGGGCUAUUUCGCGCAUACCCUGGGCAUAUCACGUCAUCAAAGGAGACGUGUGGCAUUCGUUCGACAAGUUCCACGACCAGUACGGACCGGUGGUUCGAAUUGCCCCCGAUGAGCUAACCUACAUUACGCCGGAAGCAUGGAAGGAUAUUUACACAGCAAAACCAGACUUGAACAAGGACCCUUACAGUCUUACUCCGCCGUUGAACGGCGCUAAUUCUCUCUUCACUGCACUCGGAGAUGAUCAUAAACGCAUCCGAGGCGCGUUCAUCAACGCCUUCUCGGACAAGGCCCUGAGAGAGCAGUCUAGCAUCAUUGAGGAGUACGCCCAGCAGCUUAUCCAGAGAAUGAAGGCCGAGCUACACGGCAGCCCAUCCCAGAUCGUCGACAUCCAGAGGAUUAUUGGGUACGCAGUCUUCGACAUCAUUUCCGACCUAACGUGGGGCGAGUCCCCAGGAACGUUACAGACCACGGGUGACCAGAACUGGGUCACGAGGUUUUUCCUCCACGCGCAAUUUAGUACAGUCAGGAACUGUCUCAGCCGCUUUCCGCCACUAGAUAGGAUUCUGUACUAUGUCUUCCUCCGCGUCACGUCGAAGCAGCGGAUUGCCAACACCAAGCUGACCACGGAACGAAUCAACCGUCGCCUGGCUGCAGGCCACUCCCGCUCUGACUUUAUGACCCCGAUCAUCGGUAAGAUCAGCGAGAAAGGUCACAAGGGUAUCACCAAAAGCGAGGUGCUCACCAACGGCCUAGCCGUCAUCAUUGCAAACUCCCAGCUCACGACUAUCGCUAUCACCUCCGCGAUGUACUUCCUUUUGCGCCACCCCAAACAGCUGAGACUUGCUGCUGAAGAGGUCGCCAAUGUGGGCUUUCACGACGAGUCAGACAUCAAGGUUGCCACAACACAACCGCUUCCUUACCUGAAUGCUGUUAUCAGCGAGACCUUAAGAUUGCACCACCCAACGCCCGGAAACCUGCCAAGGGUCGCUCCAAAGGGUGGUAUGAUGAUUGCUGGCCGUUUUGUGCCCGGCGGUUCAGUGAUUGGCGUCAGCCUUUACAACAUUCAUACUCGAUCGGAGAAUUUCAAGGCCCCUCUUGAGUUUCACCCGGAGCGAUUCUUGGAGAAGGCAGAUGCGAGAUAUGACCCGGCAUUUCAAGAUGACCGUCUCGAUGCGUUUCAGCCUUUCUCAAUGGGGCAAAGGAAUUGCAUUGGUUCCAAAAUCUUUCUGGCGGAAGCGCGGGUUUUCCUGGCGCGACUGAUCUGGGCUUUUGAUAUGGAGUUAGCUGAACAGGACGCGUCAUCUUGGCUAGACCAAAAAGCGUGGUUAGUUUAUGAGCCGAAGCCUUUGAAGGUGAGGCUACAGGAGAGAUAA